CAGCAACCAAACAAACGGGAAAUACACCACUAUUAUGUUAUACAAAGCAGAGAGAUUCUACACAAUGCCAACCCAACAAGGCUUUGCUCUGCCUACCCUGGAACAACAUGGUGGUUGAAAAGCUGUGGAGGGAGAGUUUCCCAGAGGGAGUGGUAACAGAAACUGGGAGGACUUUGGCUUCACUGCAGUGCCAGUGUUUGCCUUCACUACCUCAGAGGUCAUGUUUCACAUUCAACAACGAGGUCAUGGCCACUCCCAGCGUUCUCCUGUCAGAGGUGCAGUUCCAGUGUUGGAUCUGUCAGGAUGUAUUCUCUGAUCCCGUCUCCAUCCCCUGCGGCCACAGCUUCUGCUUCACCUGCAUCACAUCGCACUGGGACCGCAGCCCUGCAGUCAGCUGUCCCAAAUGUCAGGCAGUCUUUGAGCGCCGCCCAGAGAUCUGCGAAAACUCCUUCGCCAAGGAGAUGUCCGAGCAGAUCCGAGCCAGAAGGCAGAAUGGCGUGAUGACACUGAUAGAGAAAUUCAUAUGUUGUGAUGUGUGUGUGGGAAAGCAAACAAAGGCCAUGAAGUCCUGCCUGGUGUGUCUGACCUCGUAUUGUGAGAGUCACCUGGAGCCUCACCGGAGAGUUUCCACCUUGAAGACUCACAAGCUGAUUGAACCCGUGGCAACGCUGGAGAACCGGAUGUGUAAGAAGCACCAGAGGCUCCUGGAGCUGUUCUGCAGAAGCGAUCAGAGGUGUGUGUGCGUCCUCUGCACCGAGACGGAUCACCGCUGUCACGACACCGUCCCAGUGGAGCGGGAGAGUCAGGGGAAGAAGUUUUGGGUUAUGUUCCUCUUUGUUCAGGCUCAGAUGAGAAGCAUCGAAGCUGAUGUUCAGCAGAAGAUCCAGGAGAGAGUGCAGAAAGUGGAGGAGAUCAAACACUCUGUGGAGCUGAGCAAAGAAAACUUGAGGAGGGACAUUCUGUUGAGCAUGGAGGUUUACUCCACCCUGCUCCGUUCUCUGGAGCGUGGUCAGGAGGAGCUGCUGGAGACGCUCCAGAGGAAGCAGGCAGCGGCGGAGCAGAGGGCAGAGAGGCUCCUCACAGAGCUGCAGAUGGAGAUCACACAGCUGGAGAGGAAGAGGAGCGAGGUGGAGCAGAUUUCUCACAGUGAGGACCACCUACACAUCCUGCAGAGGUUUCCAGCUCUGAGUUCGCCUACGUCUUUUAAAGCCUGCUCUGACAUCGUUGUCCAUUCACACACAUGUUUGGGGACUGUGAGGAGAGCGGCGGCUGACAUUGAACUGCAGCUUCAGUCCGCUCUGAAAAAGCUUUCCUUUCAAGAGCAUGAGAAGAUGCAGCAGUAUGCAGUUGAUGUUCUUCUGGAUCCCAGGACAGCCAACCCGUGGCUGCUUCUGUCAAAGGACGGGAGACAGAUCUGGGAUGGAGAUGUUGAACAGAACCUGGAGGACACACCGGAGCGUUUCGACACGGCGCCAUGUGUCCUCGCCGCCAGGGGUUUCUCCACAGGGAGGCACUACUGGGAGGUAGAAGUGGGGGACAAGACAGCGUGGGACUUGGGGGUGGCCCGACAGUCGGUCAGCAGGAAGGGGCUGGUCACCCUGAGCCCAGAGGACGGGUACUGGACCAUCUGUCUGAGGAAGGGCAGUGAGUACCGGGCGUGUGCGGGACAGGCGGAGCUGCUGAGUCUCUCCCAGAGGCCGCAGGUGGUGGGGGUGUUUCUGGAUCACGAGGAGGGGACUGUGUCCUUCUAUGAUGCAGAGGCCAAGUCACACAUCUAUUCCUUCACACAGUUCCAGUUCACAGAGGCCAUGUUUCCCUUUUUGAACCCUGACAUGUGUGACAGCGGCAGCAACAAAUCUCCACUCACCAUCCGCCCUGUCCAUGCAUUCAAUGGAGCGGGGGAAUUAGAUGUCAUGACAAUAUGAUGUGAAUGUGUGUUCAGUGUUUAUAUGGUAUUUUAUUUAAGCAGCCCUAUUUGACUAAGCUUCCCCUCUGUAGGAUAAUUAUGAUGUUGUAAUUUUGCUUUUAUUGUAGCGUAACGAGUAGUCCAUCAUUUGGAACAUAUCUUCCAAACUUUAUUCGUUUUCAUCUUGAUGUAUGCCUAGAAACUACUUGUCCCUAAAGGAUAAACGAAGCAAUUUUUUUUAAUUAAAAUUGAGUUUAUAAAAUGUCUUUAAUGUAUUUAGAUUUCAAAACUUGACAGAGCACUUUUCCCCAAAAAUAUGAUACAUUUACAGGUGGGGAUUUGAGAUGUAGGCGGAUGGCAUUGUACUGAAAAAAAGACAUGGGCUUUAUGUUAAUUCAAACGAACAUGAUAAAAA